CGCUACUCCGCAUGGCCAGUGCUCCCAGAGCAGGCUGAGGGUCGUUGCGGCUUGCGGAGGUCAGCGCUCUUCUCCGAGUGCCCCAGUCCUCGUUCGGGGAGACUGACCAACCCCUUCUCCUUUUCCCUCUUAAGCGAAGGCCUCCCCGCUGCCGCUCUCUCGGCCCUGCGUUCCUCUCGCAUGGACGUCUGGGUCGCGUCCCGCAACAGUUCGCGGACAAUCCAUCCGCCCUCAAAAAAGGGAGCGAUGCUGAUCUCGGGAAGACGGGACCUUCUUAGCCUUGGCUGAGCCACAGCGCUGACCCCGGACAGUGUCACUUGGUGAGAGAAGAGGAUUGUGAGACUGUGGCUGGGAGUCAGGUUGUAGCCACUUGCCUGCCACCGCCCUGCCAAGUGGCAGCCCAGAGCCCAGGAGCAGCAAGUGACUGCAGGUCACAGACGCAGAGAGGAUAUGAGUGUGGGGGUGACCACCUCCACUCCCCUCUCCCCAACCUCAGACACAAACGUGAUCACAUCCACCUUCUCCGUGGUGGACUAUGUGGUCUUUGUCUUGCUGCUGGUUCUCUCCCUUGCCAUUGGGCUGUAUCAUGCCUAUCGUGGCUGGGGCCGGCAUUCCAUCGGCCAGCUCCUAAUGGCAGACCGCAAGAUGGGCUGCCUUCCUGUGGCGCUGUCCUUGCUGGCCACCUUCCAGUCAGCCGUGGCCAUCCUGGGUGUGCCAUCUGAGAUCUACCGAUUCGGGACCCAAUAUUGGUUCCUGGGCUGCUCCUAUUUCCUGGGACUGCUGAUCCCUGCACACGUCUUCAUCCCUGUCUUCUACCGACUGCACCUCACCAGUGCCUAUGAGUACCUGGAGCUCCGAUUCAAUACAGCUGUGCGGGUUUGUGGGACCGUGACCUUCAUCUUUCAGAUGGUGAUCUACAUGGGUGUCGUCCUCUAUGCACCAUCACUGGCCCUCAAUGCAGUGACCGGCUUUGAUCUCUGGUUAUCGGUGCUGACCCUAGGCAUUGUCUGUACCAUCUACACUGCUCUGGGUGGACUGAAGGCAGUCAUCUGGACAGAUGUGUUCCAGACACUGGUCAUGUUCCUAGGGCAGCUGGUGGUUAUCAUUGUGGGGUCGGCCAAGGUGGGCGGCUUGGGGCAUGUGUGGGAUGUGGCUUCCCAGCACGGCCUCAUCUCUGGAAUCGAGCUGGAUCCGGACCCUUUUGUGAGGCACACUUUCUGGACGUUGGCUUUCGGGGGUGUCUUCAUGAUGCUCUCCUUGUAUGGAGUGAACCAGGCUCAGGUUCAGCGCUACCUCAGUUCCCGCACGGAGAAGGCUGCUGUGCUGUCCUGCUACGUGGUCUUCCCUUGCCAGCAGGUGGUCCUUUGCAUGGGCUGCCUCAUUGGCCUGGUCAUGUUUGCCUACUAUCAGGAGUAUCCCAUGAGCACCCAGCAGUCUCAAGCAGCCCCUGACCAGUUCGUCUUGUACUUUGUGAUGGAUCUCCUGCGAGGCCUGCCGGGCCUGCCUGGGCUCUUUGUCGCCUGCCUCUUCAGUGGCUCCCUCAGCACCAUAUCCUCUGCUUUUAAUUCAUUGGCAACUGUUACGCUGGAAGACCUGAUUCGACCCUGGUUCCCUCAUUUCUCUGAAGUCCGGGCCACCGUGCUUUCCAGAAUCAUCGCCUUUGGCUAUGGGCUGCUUUGUCUGGGAAUGGCCUAUAUUUCCUCCCAGAUGGGACCUGUGCUGCAGGCAGCACUCAGCAUCUUUGGCAUGGUUGGGGGCCCGCUGCUCGGACUCUUCUGCCUUGGGAUGUUCUUUCCUUGUGCCAACCCUCCUGGUGCCAUCAUAGGCCUGUUGGCUGGACUCAUCAUGGCCUUCUGGAUCGGCAUUGGGAGCAUAGUGACCAGCAUGAACUUAGGCACAGCACCAUCUCCCCUUAAUGGGUCCAGCUUCUCCCUGCCCAGCAACCUGACCACUGUCACCUUGGCCACAGUGAUGCCCUCGACCACCCUCUCCAAGCCCACAGGGCUGCAGCGGCUCUACUCCCUGUCGUAUUUAUGGUACAGCGCUCACAACUCCACCACGGUCAUUGUGGUGGGCCUGGCUGUCAGUCUGCUCACUGGGGGAAUGCGGGGCCGGACCCUGAACCCUCAGACCAUUUACCCAGUGUUGCCAAGACUCUUUGCACUCCUGCCCCUGUCCUGUCAGAAGCGAUUGCACUGCAAAACCCGCAGCCAGGACCUGUCUGUGGACACCACUGCGUUUCCGGAGAAGAUGAGUAACGGGGUGCUAAGGGGCAGCAGGGACAAGGAGGCUAUGGCAGUGGCUGAGGAAGGCUCAGCCCACCAGGGUAUCAGCCCCACCUUCAUCCUCCAGGAGACCUCACUGUGAUCGGGACUCGGGAUCCAGCCCAGAGGCCACCUUGUGGUACAGGGAUGAGUUCCCUGACGAGGACUGGAUGACCUAACCCACACCAAAGCACCUUGUUCUUAGGGGGUCUGUGCUGCAGUAGAAGCUGUCACGUCACAGGAGGCUUGAGUAGGACAGGGUUUUUCCUCUCUAGAGAACGAGGCUUGCACAGAGCAAGAUUUUGCCAGAAAAGAAGCUAGCGGCGAAUCCUCUGGGAAAAGGAUAAUGGCUUCUGAUUCAGCAUCACCAAGCUCCUUUGAAGUGAAUAGAAACAGCAGUGCUGGGCCUACUCUGGCAAGACUGAUCAUCUCCCCAUAAAAUUCAGAGCUGCCUUGGCCAGCUGUUGCUUCCCUUGCUGUCUCAUCGAAACACAGAUGCAGUCAGCCACAAAGGGCCCCUGUGACACUACUUUCAGGGAGUCUGUGAUACCCAGGCCCCUCUCAAUCUUAUCUGUCUACCUCCAUUCUUGAAAGGGAGGUUUUAGUGUCCCUGAGAGGCCUCUCCGAAUAGACCGCUACGUUCAUCUCCUUCACGUAGAAUAGGGAAACUUUCCACCUCGCUGCCCUCGCCCUCCACCUCUGUAAUAGGCACUUGGGGAUGGGGCUAAUAUUGAUCCAAGAAGCCAGGGCAUGACCAAGUCCACUGUGGAGUAUGCUGUCUGUCUGACUCCUGAGCCACAUCACCCUAAGUGUCGUCAUUCAAGCUUCUGUUUGCUUUUGGAAUUUCUUCCCCACAUCUUUGUUCCUAGGGAAUAAAAACCGUCAUUGGGCUAGAA